CCAUCCCAACAACCCUAACACACGACACGCCAAACGCGCCUCUUGACCCGAGAAACUCCCCCCGAUCACCUCACGCCCCCCUCUCAAAAGCAAAAUGGCAGACCCCUUCGAAGUCCGCCAACGCUUCACAAACCUCCUCUCGCACCUCUCCGCCUCGCACACAUCGCUGCAAAAAGCCGCCCUAUAUGCGCUUAAGAACCGCGAAAUGGACGAGGACCUGCACUCGUGCAUCAUCGAGCAGCUCGAGCGCACGAACAUGAAUACGCGCGCGAAUAUCAUGUUCUUCAUUGAGUGUCUGUGCGAGAUGGCGGUCAAGGACGCUGCGGGGAGUGGGAAUAGCAGUGGGAAUGGGGAGGCGAGCGCGAUGGGGUUCGUAAGGAUGUUGCAGCGGGAUAUAUUGAGGGUUGUGGAGUGUGUGGUUGGGGAGGAGGGCGCGAAUGUAAGGGUUGUGCGGAAGGUCCUGCAUGCGCUGCAAGCUAAGGCUAUUCUGCUCCCUGAGACGGUCGCGGAACUCGAUGCUGUGCUUAAGUCGCGCGAGACGGAGAAUCCGCAGUUGUCGACUACGUCGCGUAUGGAUAAACGGCAGGUGGAGCAUCGCAUUGAGGAGGAUCGUGAGCGGCAUAAGAGGAUGCGGGAGAGUAUUUGGGCGGUGAAUGGCGAGGACGAGAAGGAGAUGGAGAGGCUGUGGGAGGAGGCGAGUGAUAUCGGGGAGGAUGAUUUCGUUGUCGGGAGGGAGGAUUGGGAAGAGAGGGGGCAGGCGGUUGCUUUUGGUUGAGGAUGCUGUGUUUAAGGGAGGAAAGGAUGUGGGCGUUUUGGGGGGUUUAUGCAUUGCAGGCGUUUGGAGAGAUACCAUGGGCAAACGACUGGCCUGAUGUUUUGCGCUGCAUUGCAUACAUACAUUCAUAAUUUCUGGACUUUGACCGAUGCUAUACAUAUCUGUACACGCCACGCCACGCAAUAUGCUAUGAUACAGUAUCAUUCAAUAAAGUGUCUCUACUCCAUGGCAACCGUCGCCCCCAGUGCCUUCAACGUCUCGACAAUCUUCUCCGCCUCCUCCUUGGGCACACCCUCCUUCAUCAUCUUCGGCGCGCUCUCCACAAACUUCUUGCUGUCCACCAAACUCAGCCCCAGCAUGGCCUUGAUCUCCUUGAUGACCUUUGGCUUCGCGCCCGCAUCGAACUUCUCAAG